UUCCGACAGAAAAUUUGUGUUGGCCAAUUACAUAAUUUGAGUGGAAACGGGCUUAAUUCUUGUGAUACCAUGUAAGAUUUAUACUACGUGUGUUCAAAGGCGACUUUCACCGGCUUUGUGCAACAAAAAGCUCUCUUUUUUAGUCAUUUCCUUUAUAGGGUAGAUUGAGCUAAUCGUCUCCUGUUUCCACGGGCGUUUCUGUUUAGUCUUUCAGGUUUUAUGCGGAGACAAACAGAUUUUAAAAUGCUCCUGUUUCUCUUCGUGGAGUUUUAAAGAACUUUAAAAACUCUUGCUGGCCCUUUCUAGGAAUAUAGCUCAUCUUUUUAAUAGGGCGAAUAAAACUUCUGUAGCCCUUGUUUUAAUUAGCGUGGUACAGUUGUAAUUUUUAACAAGGAAAAAGGAAAGACGUAUAAGUUGAAUAAAUUUUUUUUCGCGAUGGCACUUGAAAUUGAAUAUGUGGUCUUUGUCUUGCCAAUUUCGUUGCUACAGUACGCCCUAUAGAGAAUAUUUCCCUGCUUUAAUUAAUAUAUCCGUUUAAUAUUCUAUAUGGUACGGGUUAUAAUGUAACCAAAUAUGGCAUGAUAUAUACACUCCGCGGCAUAUUUUGCUUCCUGUACAAGCUCACUUCCGCCACUAAACUUCUGAUGUUAUUGACCAAAAGUGAAAAUGUUAAGUGAUUUUUGAUCAAUUUUAGCGUCGUUUUAAACUCUUUGAACACCGCUAGCUGCUUGCUUGGCCUUCCACAAUGGUAAAGUAUUAUUUUAUUUUUAAAAUACAUGUUAUUUUGUGCAUAAAACGAAGUUUAAUUUCAGAUACCUCACCCACAACACACUGUGUCAAUUUUUCAAGCGUGAUGUGUCAAUUUCGCCCCAAAUCGAUUCGCGUAACACUUGCAGUAUUUGUAAUUGAUUACACAUUGUGAAAGAAGAUUUAAAAUGCUUUCUAUCUUCAAUUUUAGGCUAACUACCAUUGGCAAAGUAAAGGGACGGCGAAGUCUAGUGGGGUCGAAGAUAUGGUCCUAUUGCCCAAAAUACAAGAAUCAUCCAUCGUUGAAAAUCUGAAGAAACGCUUUAUGGACGAUCUUAUUUAUGUAUCCUUCUGUAGUUUUAUAAUUGAGACCCGUGUGGACAUGAAAUGAAAAUGUUUGUGUGUCAUAUUUCACUUGUUUUAAGUUUAAUUAUUUACAAUUUUGUACAAUGAUUAACUAAUGAUUAGAUUAGACGGAAAUCAAGGAACUUUGCUGGCUGGAAGUAUUUUGUUGUUUUUCAAGUUCAUAUAUAGGACUGAUUUUCACUUUCAUGUCUGCCUAAAUCUUAAUGUAUUUUAAAUUUUCUGUGAAUGCAUUCCAUUUUAUAGUUACUUAAAUAGUAAGGUGUUUAAUAAGUUGUGGUGUAUUACAUUUCCAUAAAUUAGGGAAUGUUAAUUAUACAUGAUUGCUGUAAAAGUGGGUGUGAGUAUAGAUAGUGUGUUUUAGGGGAUUAUAACAGCUCAGACGAGUGACGAUAGUUACAGUACAGUAUAACAUGUUAACAAACUUUGUUUUAUUAUGUGUUAUAUAUUGUAUGUUUAUAUUUCUUUUUGUUCACUGUAUAGUUUACAGGUAUAACAAAUAUUACUAAUACCAAAUGAUGUAUGUAUAUAACUAUAAGCCCCCAUCCCAUGUAAGCCCAUCAAAAAAUGCUUACAAAUUAAUAUAAGGCCCAAGGGCAGAUUUUCAGUUUUUUCAAAGGAAGGGUAGAAAAAUUUCUGGUGGGGUGCAAGCGACACCACUGAGCGAGCUUCCACAAGGGUUAAGGCAUUAAGGUUAAAGACUUUCAUACAAAAUAGGAGGGUGAAGCAAAAUUUUGGUGGGGUUGAACACUUUAUAAGAGGGGUUAGAGAGAUUCUAGGGAGUUAGAGAGAUCCUAAUCCCCCCCAUGAUAAGGCCAGGGAUUAUAUUCGGAGGUUUACGGUAUAUUUGAGAAAGAUUUCUGACAUUUUCCCAAUGCUUCUGUUGUUGUUAGGUAGUUUGAAUUGCUAUACUUUGCCAUUUGUAUUGGUUCUAGUAAUGAGAAUGUGUGUAUUUGAUCUUAAUUUUGCUCAGACAUAUAUUGGUGAUGUACUUAUUGCUGUGAAUCCUUUUAAACAAUUGUCAUACUUCACUGAGAAGGAAAUCUAUCAAUACCAAGGAGCUGUAUGUAUCUGCUAUCAGAGGCAUGCAUUAGGGGGGUCUCAAAAACUCCAAGCAACCAUUCGAAAAUCACAAAAAGUUGGCCCCAGUUUUCGUUGAGAUUGUAUCAAUAUAGUCAGUCUGCCGAUCACCAUAAUCGGGGACUUAGGGAACAUUAUUGAAGCCCUGGAUUGUGGCUGAAUGUUGUCCAGUUGUUUCUUCAUAUAUCUGAAUGUUUUAUAUUUUUGUGUAUAUUCAGGCUACAUAUGAAAAUCCACCUCAUAUUUAUGCGCUGGCAGACAGCAUGUUUCGAAACAUGUUGAUUGAUAUUGAAAGUCAUUGUGUCAUUAUAAGGUGGGAAUUUUUUAUUCAGUAUUUAACCUUAUUUUGGCUGGAAUAGCAACUUGUCUACUGGAAUGUUACAUUCAAGAUGAGAUUUACCACCUACCUACCCAUACAUCACGUGCAAUCACCCAUUAACAUAGGAACCACCCACCUAUUUAUAGGUUGACACCCUACUCAAAAGAUACCCACCUCUUCACUCAUCUUAAACUACAAAACUUCUCAUAAUCAGCCACUUACCUCAAAACCACCCACCUUUUAAUACAGUAGGUCAACACUAUACCCAAAAAUAACCUGCAUAUAACCUCAUAAAUCACCUACUCUCAAAUCACCCACCUAUCCACAAAUCACCCACCUAUCCACAAAUCACCCACCUAUUCCCCAAAUCAUCCACCUAUUUACAAAUCACCCACCUAUUCACAAAUCACCCACCUAUUUACAAAUCACCCACCUAUUCACAAAUCACCCACCUAUUUACAAAUCACCCACCUAUUCACAAAUCACCCACUUAUCCACAAAUCACCCACCUAUCCACAAAUCACCCACCUAUCUUCUCUCUCCAACCACUCCCCUACCCAUUGGUCACAAACCCACAAAUUAUUAACAAUCACCAUACUUGAUAAUAAAGCAGCAAUGUUUUAUUGUUAGUGGUGAAAGUGGUGCUGGAAAAACUGUGAGUGCAAAGUUCAUCAUGAGUUAUCUUGCAAAAGUGUCUGGUGGUGGUCCCAAUGUCCAGGUAACUGUUCUGAUAAUGUGAGCAUUGCCAUAGGACAAUUUCUCAUACCCAGAGGCCACUCAUGAAUUGAAAAUUAGGCUCUGGUUUAGAUGACUUUCUUUUUCCGGAGAGAUAUGAUUGGCUUGUCAGAGAACUGCUGUUUCACAGAAGUUGAGCAGUUUUUGCUAGGCAAAAUUAUUGUUUCUUUGUAAUACUUCACUGUGAAAAUUGUUAUGGAUGCUAAAGUGUCCCAAUUCAAAAGCAUGCGCUUUAGAAACUACUGCAAGUUUUCUUGCACUUCCGUUGUGGUUCCGUGUUUUCAGGGCCUAGGGAGGACGCAUGAUGCCCUGGGGACGAGGAUGUGCCAUAGGAUGGAACAAAGCUAACCAGAGUACAGUACAGUUUAUAGUAGUUUAGUUUAUAACAUGUGUUUAUUAAUUUUCUACGUCAAGGAGUGUCCACAGGAAGCUAGCUAGAUUCAAGGUAUGCAGUCAGUUUACAGUAGUAUAGCCAAAUGCAGAUAUUUGAGUGGUUGUUUAGCAUAGACUGUAUAUCAAGUCUAGUUUACAUUAUAAAAAUCUCUGUGUAGGAUUUGUAAGAAAUGUUCAAUGGAAUUGACUCAGUGCAGUUAAACAGAGGAUCAGUUAGUUCAAACAUUUCUCACAAAUCCUUCAAAACGUAGAUUUUACCUAUGCAAAAUUCCUACUGUAUUCAGAGAAACUCUAUGAUAGUGUCAGCCAGCCUUACAGUGCCUGAAAAACGUGCAGGUAUAUAUUCAUUUCAUUGCUUUGUUGGUUUAGAGAGUGAAGGACGUUAUUCUGGAAUCAAAUCCGCUGCUAGAGGCCUUUGGAAAUGCCAAAACAGUCAGAAAUAAUAACUCAAGUCGAUUUGUAUGUUACAUAUAAACUUGAUAUAAUUUUGUCUUGAUUGUGAUAGUAAUUCUUUUUUCAUUAUUGUACAUUCAGGGUAAAUAUGUUGAGAUUCAGUUCACAAGAGGUGGAGAACCAAUAGGAGGCAAGAUUUCAAACUUUCUCUUGGAAAAGGUACAAAACGCUAACAUGACAUGUGUAUCCAACUUAUUAAGGACAUGUCAAACUCGAAUCAUAAACUUAACCACCUCUUACCAAAGACAACUUUCCAAAUAAAGCAACGAGAGACGAGAAUGAAUGAGGCAACGUACUACAACUUUGCAUGUAAAACAGAACGUUUUAAACAUAGUCCAAUUGUAUAUGCAAUUGGCAAAUAUAAUCUUUAUAUUGAUAAGUAAUCAUGAGGGUUUAUAUAUUAUAAUGAGUAAUAACUAACAUAAUCUAAUUCUAUCUGUAAAUAUGACAAUAGUUUUAAGACUUUUUACAUUAAAGUAGCUUUAGUUUAGUAGAGACCAUAGUAUUAAUACUUUUUACAUUACAUUUUAUCAUUGUAAAAGUUCUAUCACUGUAAACAUCACUGUAUUUUAGCUUAUCAAGCUACUUAGUGAAUGUAAUAAACCAUUAUUAUAGUGUAGAAAGUGUUUUGUACAUGGAAAUUCAUAAACUGUCAUGGGCAAUGCUUGGUAGUUAUCAAGCCUUCUCCUUUAUAUUUUAGUCUCGGGUGGUGUUGCAAAAUCCAGGUGAAAGAUCAUUUCAUGUGUUUUAUCAGAUAUGCGCUGGCAGUUCGUCAGAGGAUAAAGGUAUAGUACUAAAAGCGUAAGCAAUUGGUCGUAUUAGUCAACACGGAUGUCCAAUGUAAUAAACUUUUUUUCUUUCAGAAAUGCUUGGUGUGUCAGAUGCAAGUUAUUUUUUUUAUCUCAAUCAAAGUGGAACAUAUGAGGUUGAAGGAACAGACGAUAAAAAAGAGUAUGAGGAAACAAGGGUAACAUGUCCUUCUUAUUUAUACUGGAUAGCUCUAUCAGUUCGAACUGUUUUCAGGCUCGGUGUUUUAAGGUUUGGUUGUUUUCAGGCUGGGGGUUUUCAGGGUUGAUGUUUUAAGGUUCGGUUGUUUUCAGGCUGGGGGUUUUCAGGGUUGGUGUUUUAAGGGUCGGAGUUUUCAGUCUCGGUUGUUUUCAGGCUCGGAAAAAUCGUUUGGCUGUGAAGCAGAGGCCCCGGAAACCUUUUUUGAUCGCAACCGACGUUGGCGUUUACAGCAGUCAUGAAAUUUACAUCGUAAAAUGCGCAUUGAUUGGAUCGUAAAUUAAGGUCAAAAUGGUCAAAUUACCGGGCGAUGACUGUGCACAAUUAUGUAAGACGGUUUCCGGUUUUUCUAAAAUCUAAAAAAAAAAGGUUUUAAAAUAAUACCGAAAAAAAAGGUACACCGCCCAAGCCUGCUAUCAGUUUUAAACUGUUCAUCCUAUACAGGUUCAGUAAGGAUCAUCUUUCAUUGAUCCAGUACUACAGGAGGAAACUUAAACUGAACUAAAUUUAUUAUGUACUGGGUAGCUUCAUCAGAUCUUUUCCCUUUAUAUUUGUAGAUGGCUAUGGAGACUAUGGGCAUCAGUCUUGAAGACCAAGCGACAGUGUUUCAAUUGGUUGCUGGUAUUUUACAUUUGGGAAAUGUUUGCUUCGUUGAGGAAGGCAACUAUGCCAAGCCAGAGAAUGAUGAAUGUAAGCAGAUCAAUGGGCGUUUCAUAACACUUGGCAUAUUAACAAUACUGUUACCCAGUCACGAUCCAAAAGUUCCAUUGUCUUUUCAUUGUUUUGAAAAUCCCACUGUUCUCAAUGCCAUCCAUUGAUCAGAAUGUUACAUUGUCUUUUCAUUGUUUUGGAAACACCACGACUGUUAAUCAUUUGUUGGAUAAGGACAGGUUCCCCAGCCAUUAUGAACUAAAAGAAGGUUGUAUACUUUUGCUUCAAUAUUUUUUAUAUUUCCAGAUUUAGAAUUUCCUGCAUAUUUAUUUGGUAUUGAAAGUACUGCUCUUCGGGAGAAGCUGAUUAGGUAUAGUGUUGUUUGCUGGGUUUUUGUUUCCUCAUGAGAUGACGCAUCUUCUGGAACUAUAGUUGUGUAUAAAAACUUUAAGUAUUUUUUACAACACGAGCGGCCGUUUUGUAUACCAGGUAUACGAAUUCAAGCUGAAGGCAAGAGUUUGUAUAUCCGAAACAACACAGACGCGAAUGUUGUAAAUGGCUUGCGAAGCGUCUUGAUGCGAACAUUCGUAUUGUUCAAUAAUUUAAAAUAAAUGAAUGUUAUUUGGUGAGAAAAUUAAACUUUUAUGUAAAAUCAGUAUGAUUUCUGUAUCAGAUAUACAAACUCCUUCACGCUCAUGAUUUCUAUUCUGCUUUCUUCAUGAAUUAUUAAUGAUUUCACAAAAAUGAGUUUCCCAUAAUGAAUUUGGUCUAAUUUGUUAACCAACCACCUCUGUAAUUGAGUGAAAAUGGCAGUUGGAAAAUAUUAUGUCUGUUUUUUUAGUCGUGUAAUGGACAGCAAAUGGGGUGGCAAAUCCGAAAUCAUUAACAUGACAUUAAAUGUUGAGCAGGUAUGGCAACUGAAUUAUCUGUGCCAGUGUAGGUAGACUCAGGGCUUUCAGAAUUAUUCAGAGUAGGCGUCUGUUUUGAUUAAGUAGGCGGCUGUUGGAAGGGGGUGUCUAAAAUUUGAGACUUGGAAAAUUGAUUGACCCCUCAAUUUCCAUAGCUCACCCCCACAUAUACUUGAUGACCAGUCCCUUGCUUUCAUUUUUCAACAAAGUAACUUCAAGAUUUAAGAUGGCAAAUAACUAAAUCAGUUUUACAAAGUAACCAGGCUAUAUAAAGUGGACCAAGUUGAGGAAAAAUAACUUUGUUUGAAAGUUCAGAGUGGAGGAAGGAGAGCAGAAUCGAUAAUUCAAGUACUAAACACAGUAACCGGCGGUAAACUUCGUGCCACGCGCCGGAACUCCAGCGGCCGCCGGGUUAUUUUGAAAGCCCUCAAAACGUCGAAUCCCUAUCCAUCCGAAGCAUGACAAACUAUGUUUAAUCAUGAACACUCUGAAUUGGUGAUAGCCACUAAUAGCCUGCGAAUAAUAUUUAUGUUUCUAUUGAGAUGAUUCUUACAGCAGUUUACCAUUCUUGUUCUACAGGCAACGUACACAAGGGACGCGUUAGCGAAAGCUCUGUAUUCAAGAAUCUUCGACUAUUUGGUUAAGGUAUUAAAAGUUGAAUGAAUGAUGCACAUACAUCGUAGUCUACCCACUGUUUAUGAUUGAUAUUUUUCUUUGUAAAUUUUUUUGUAGCGUGUUAACAUGGCGAUGAAAACGGACAAAGAAGAGAUGAAUAUUGGUAUUCUUGAUAUUUAUGGUUUUGAAAUUUUUGAGGUGAGAUUAACUUGUGACAUGAUUUGUUAUCGGUUGCUAUUUUAGUGAGUUCUUUUUUAUCGAUCGCCUGCGACUAACUCGUGUUGUUUACUUGUUUGUGUCUUGUAGAAGAACGGCUUUGAACAGUUUUGUAUUAAUUUUGUAAACGAAAAACUACAGCAGAUUUUUAUUGAGUUGACACUGAAAGCUGAACAGGUUUGUGUACGACUUUGAUAAAUGUGGUGGUAGUUGUGCCUGAAACUACUAAUGAUGGUUUAUGAUUGAUUAUGGGGAUGAUGAUGGUGGUGACAGUGAUGAUGAGGAUGGUGAUGGUAAUGAUGGUGAUGGUGAUGGUGGUGAUGAUGGUAGUGGUGGUGGUGGUAGUGGUGGUGGUGGUGAUGAUGAUGGUGGUACAGUGAUGAUGAUGAUGGUGGAGGUGAUGAUGAUGGUAGUGGUGGUGGUGGUAGUGGUGGUGGUGAUGAUGAUGAUGGUAGUGAUGAUGAUGGUGAUGAUGAUGAUAAUGACGGUGAUAAUCGUGAUGGUGAUAGUGAUGAUGAUGGUAGUGAUGAUGAUGAUGAUGGUAGUGAUGAUGAUGAUGGUAGUGAUGAUGAUGAUGGUAGUGAUGAUGAUGAUGGUAGUGAUGAUGAUGGUAGUGAUGAUGGUGGUGGUGAUGAUGGUGAUGAUGAUGAUAAUGAUGGUGAUGGUGAUGGUGAUGCUAGUGAUGAUGAUGGUGAUGAUAAUGAUGAUGAUAAUCGUGAUGAUGAUAAUGAUGAUGAUGGUGGUGGUAAUGUUGCCUUGGUGGUGGUGAUGAUGAUUGGUAUUUCUGGUUAUGAUUGGUAACUGUCUAACAAGAUAUUUUGUUCAUAACUUUCAGGAAGAAUAUGUUCAAGAAGGCAUCAAAUGGACACCUAUUGAUUACUUCAAUAACAAAAUUGUGUGUGAUCUAAUUGAGGCUAAGGUAGACACACAUAUAAAUUGUACGUACUUAAGUGUGUUGCAUACUAAAUAUGAUCGUUUUCAUACAGCUUAGAUGGAUAUGCAGAUAAAAUACAGCAGGUAAAAUACUGUACCACUUAUUCUCUUUGUUCCAGAGGCCACAACCAGGUAUCAUGUGUAUUCUGGAUGACGUAUGUGCCACCAUGCACGCUCAAGGAGAGGGCGCUGACAUGAAAUUACUUCAGGUAAACAAAAUCUUAGUCUUGAUCGAACACUAAGGGACCGGUUGUAUAAAAGGCUUAACUACAUUUUAACUACUCGUUUUGUAGUUAAAUCGUAUAGUAGUUAACUCUCACAUACGCGAUUCUGAUUGACUAACUUUUGCACUAGCUGUAGUUAACUUCAAUUACUUUUUUAUACAACUGGCCCCAGUGCAUUUGUGAAAUUGGGUGUUGUUCAAUACAAAACUCGUGCUUGUUUAUUUGUAUAGAAAUUGGAAGGUGCUAUCAGCACUCAUCAACAUUAUAAUGGCUUUAGUUCUGGAUUUACAAUACAUCAUUAUGCGGGCAAGGUAUGAAUAAUUAGCUACUGAUUGUUUUAUAGCGUGAUUGAAUCACAAUAGUAUUUAGUUUUAACGUCCUUAUCCGAGAAGACGCUAAAGUCCAACCAUUUACAGAUGUCAAUGUAAAGUAGCACUUUCUCCUCAAUUAUGUGAAGACCUUGAGUAGAGGUCCGACCAAAGAUCUUCCAGCUUGAAAGGCAAGUGUGGUGAUCACGACACCACAAGAGCUGAUUGAAGCCCGCAAGCUCGACGAUAGUAAGUUUAUAGCAGAAUUUUUAUAUAAAUAAUAUCGUGUUUAGGUAACCUAUGAAGCUGAAGGAUUUUGUGAAAGGAACAGGGAUGUCUUGUUUACGGAUUUGAUUGAAUUGAUGCAGUCUUCUAGUACUCCAUUCCUUCGACAAUUAUUUCCGGAAAAUACACAAGGAGAAAGAAAAGGAAAACCAACUACGCUUGGAAGUAAAAUUAAGGUAUGUCAAACACGGGCUUGUGUACACUGUCAACGAAGAUAAAUGCAAUCAUUUUAUAUGUUCCUUAUGGUUUGAGUACAAAUAUUUGCUUUUAAAAGAUAUUUUGGGCAUAAAGUACUGUUUAAUAAACGAGCAGGAGUGUUCUAUUAGGUUAAAAGCACGAGCGCGCAGCACGAGUGGCUUUAGACCUAAUAAAACACGACUUCAAACACGACUACAAAUUCAAUAGAUAUACUGCCUUAUUAGUAUUCUUUAUAUAAACAAUACUAAUAAGGACACGACUGUAAUAGAUACUGCCGUAUAAAGAAUACUAAUUAGGAGUGUUUUAUCAAGUUUAAAGCCACUGCACGUGACAUAUUAUGGUUGACAUGAUUUGCCAAUAAGCUUAUGAAUUAUUAAUGAGUGUUUGAAUAAGAAUUUCUCAUAUGCCCAGGUUAGGGACAUGCCCUGUAGCAAGUUGGGAACAAGCAGUGUGAACAUAUCCUGUUGACAAGUUGUUAGUCUAUACAUAAAGUGCAAAAACUUGCCAUCAAAAUGCCAAUAAAUUUGAAGUUUGCCACCAUGUGAAGACCAUGGAAAACACUCAAACCAAAUAUUGUUUUUCCAGACUCAAGCCAAUCAGUUGGUGGACAGGUUAACAAAGUGUACCCCACAUUACAUUCGUUGUAUUAAACCCAACGAAACAAAGAAAGCGAGGGAUUGGGAAGGAGAUCGAGUGAAACAUCAAGUAGAGUAUCUGGGCUUGAAGGAAAAUAUCCGAGUAAGGAGAGCUGGCUUUGCUUACAGAAGAGAAUUUGAUAAAUUUUUAACGAGGUAACAUGGAUAACAGUUUAUGUGCAUGGUUUUAAGGGCGGUUUACACUGUCAAAGUUUCUGUGAUCACACUAGGAAUUUUGCAUAGGUAAAUUCUAAGUUUUGAAGAUUUGUAUGAAAUGUUUGAGGAAACUGACUGAUGUGUUAAACAAUAAUGUUCCCUUAAACAUUUCUUACAAAUCCAUCAAAACUUAUGUUUUACCUAUGCAAAAUUCCUACUGUGAUCAUAUAGACUUUGAGAGUUUAAACCAACUUUAAAUGUGCGCUGUCUACAAGGUGGUUUGGUGUUCUGCCUAAUAUGAACAUGUUUUCUGUUUCGCUUUCCCAAACAAAGUUGAUCAGUGUUGAUGACUCGUUCUUUAGAAAGAUGAUUUCAUUUUCAACCAAUCACCAGGCAUGUUCGUAUAGAUAUGGGCCAAGCCCUCACUUAAGGCAAAUACGAGAGGUCGUUCUAGUUUCAUAUGGUAAAUGAAAACUUAGUAUGACCAUCGUAUUGUUUGUAGAUACGCAAUCUUAACGCCUGAAACCUGGCCACAUUGGUCAGGAAACGUAAAGCAGGGAAUUGAACAUAUGAUGAACUCUGUGAACAUGGAGAGAGAUCAAUGGCAAAUGGGAAAGACCAAGGUUUUCAUUAAGGCUCCUGAAUCG